ACUUUUCUCUUUCUAGGGAAUCCUUCGAUGCCUUGUCAAUAGUGUACUUCUCGGAAAAUAGGACAAUCCUUGAUUCUGGUACAGCGCAAAAGAACUCUGAGAUAUUCGACUGUGUAGCAUCUAGAAGGAAUGGAGCUCGAACUCGAUGGUAUCUUGACGAAACUGCCAUAACGGGGACUGAGAAUGGUGUUGAACUGUCUCAAAACAACCGACGUCUCACUCUUGUGUCUCCACAGCUUUUGUUGAAAGGCCGCUCGGAGCAUAAAUUAGAUUGUAAGGUAGUGGCCGAGUCUGGACGGGCGUUCGAUCAGAAGUCUUUGAAGAUCAAUGUAGUAGGUGAGGAAGGCAAUGAGUUAACUUCCUUGGAGUUUUGA